CCGACGUAACGGAAACUCCCGGAACGCAAUUAAUACGCGAACCAACGCUCCGGGUUGCGCGGGAAAGUUUAAAGUUUCUUCCGGGUUUAAAUUUUUAUUAAUUUUUAAUGAUUAUUGUAAGCCUAGGAGUGCGUAAGGGUUGUAUUCAACUCGGUUAAAAUUCAAGUUUUCUUUCCAAAAAAAUUAUCACCUUAUUAGAAAUCUAUUUCAUUGAAAUGCAUAUCACAACUGCUUACUUAGUAUUGUAAAAUAUAAACUCGCCAAUACGUAUCGAUUAACCAUGUCAAGUUUGUUCGGAGAAGAGAGCGAAAUAUGCUCUAUCGGAAUGACUAUGCAGCCCUCCGAUAGUGUAUCAUCUGGUAUUUCCCUGUUUACGCAACCAGAAGAGUUACCAGAAUUACCAGCACCAGAUGAGCAGCGCCUGCGAGAGGCCGCUGUUGCCCUCCAACAGCGAUUGAUCCUACGCCAUUGGUUGGCCAGACAUGGACUCCAAGGUUAUUUGGCUGGACUUCUAGAUGUGGGCGUGGCUCGACUAGAGGAUGUGUAUUGGUUAGAGGAUAAUAAAGCCAAACAGGUUUUUACCAAAGACGUUUCCGAGUGGUCUGCGGCUCGUCAAUCUCUCCCCACAUCAAAGACUAAUUUAGAUAGUUUGAAAGCCGAUCUCUGGUCUGAAGUGGUUAAAAGUAGUAGCCACCAGGACGCAUGGACAUGGGGUGGGAUGUUAGUAGUAUCAGUAUCGGUAGCCGGACUGGUAACGUUAGCCGCAAUGACUCAACCGUCCUUAGCUCCGGAAGCCAAGCAUACCUUAUUACAGUAUGUCACUGGAAAGUACCUCCACCCAUCCAAUUGUAAGGUUAACUUUCAAUGGAAUUUAUCUCACCCUGUAGGUCAGACUACCUGUUUUACUGUGAAUUUUUAUCAACGUAAUGGACAGCCUUAUCCAAUCUGUGAUACUGACAAUUUUGUUGUAGAUAUAUCUGGGGGAGCACGAAAACUAAAUGUUAUAACAGAGUUGGGGUCCCCGACCGAUCCAAACAGCGCUAAUAUAGCUAAAGUGAAAUUUACCGUCCGACAUGCGGGUCAAUACAGAAUAUCGGUCAUGGUCAAUAAUCAACAUGUUGCAGGGAGUCCCUUUUUGACAGUUUUUGUAGCUGGCCCAGCCUACGCGCAACGCACUUUAGUCAUACGCCAUUGUAGUACCGUAGUUUGUACAGCUAAUGUAGCUCAUAUUUUGUAUAUUGAACCCAGGGAUGAAUAUGGAAAUAUUUGUAAAUAUUCGGAUUCAGACGUAGUUCCUACCGACGGAUACACGGUCCAUAUUAUUUCUCUUGGAUCAGCGUCUCGCGAAAACAUUUUUGAUAUUGACGAGGAGAAAUACUCAGUAGCUCUAGAUUACGAUUGGGGAACGCAUAGGAUUAGCGUUCAGUUAAAGUUUAUUAAAGAGGGCUGUUAUCAUGCUACUAUCAAGUACAAAGGUGCAGAAUUACAUAAUGGGGACUUUGACAUAAUUGUAUUAAACAGUAUUGAUUCAACUUUAGUUCAGAAGAAUGUAGCAACAAAAAAUCACAAUGUCUGUUACGAGGCUAAAUUAAUAGGAAUUAAAGGAGAACGGCUUCCUAAACCAAAGAAGAUUAUGUGUUAUGUUUCACCCAAACAGCUUAUCAUUAAGGAGUUAAUUUUAAAAUUUAUACCAAAGAGAUUAUUUACUUUUAGGCUGUGCCCUUCUACCAAGUUUAUUUUUCAAACUGAGAGUCAAAAACUAUGCGACUUUGGCGACUCUUUUCUAAUCGACGAUGGAUCUCAACCGAAAAUAGAAUUGAUCUCAAAAGAGAGAAACGUUAUUGCUGCCACAUUCGCCCAAUUCCUGUUGAAAAAUAUGGGCGGAUCGGAAACAUUUAAGGAUAAACAAGACUUUUUUUACCAUGAAGUCAGGAAAUACCACCAAAAGCAUUACCAUGAAAAACUAGCCAUGGAAGUUAGACGAGACAAACUUUUAGAAAGUAGCAUGAAAGCCACCAAAAGCUAUUCUGUGACGGACUGGUGUAAAAACUUUGAAAUAACUUUUACAGGUGAACAAGGAAUUGAUUGGGGUGGUCUUAGACGAGAGUGGUUCGAAUUAAUAUGUGCGCAACUGUUCGAUGCAAAAUACGGCCUAUUUACAAGUUUUCAUGAAGGUCAGCAAUCGUUGGUACAUCCCAAUCCCAAUAGACCGGCCAAUUUGAAAUUAAAGCAUUAUGAGUUUGCUGGAAAGGUGGUGGGAAAAUGUCUUUAUGAGAGUGCUCUUGGAGGGUCUUAUAGACAGUUAGUAAGAGCAAGGUUUACCAGAUCAUUCUUGGCACAAGUUAUCGGACUUCGCGUUCAUUAUAAGUUUUUCGAGCAAGAUGAUCCCGAUUUAUACUUGACCAAAAUAAAAUAUUUAUUGGAAAAUAACAUUGAUGAAAUUGAAACGGAAGUUCAUUUUGUGGAGGAAGAAUAUGAUGACACUGGACAAUUAGUAAAAAUGGUGGAAUUGUUACCGAACGGAACUAAAAUAAGAGUUCGCGACAGUACAAAACUUCAGUAUUUAGACGCUUUGGCACAAUAUAGACUGGCAACUAGAGUUAAAGACGAAUUAGAAGCAUUUCUUAAAGGCCUUAACGAUCUUAUCCCCGACAAUCUGCUAAGCAUUUUCGACGAGAAUGAAUUGGAAGCCUUUCAGCUAUUACUCUGCGGCACCGGACAGUAUAGCGUGGCAGACCUUCGAGCUCACCAUAUCCUGAACGGGGAUUCUGUGGAGUUCCGAAGAGUAGUCGGUUGGUUCUGGGCAGCAGUUGGAAACUUCACUCAAGAAGAGAUGGCUCGGCUGUUGCAAUUUGCUACUGGGUGUUCACAGCUUCCGGCGGGAGGUUUUGCCGAGCUAGCGCCACGGUUUCAAAUUACCGCCGCUCCUACUUUUGGCAAUUUACCUACUGCUCAUACUUGUUUUAAUCAACUCUGCCUACCAGACUACGAUUCCUACGAGCAGUUUGAAAAAGCGUUACUUUUGGCUAUAAGCGAGGGCACCGAGGGUUUCGGAAUGGUAGAGUCUUAGGCGCUAAAAUAUUAUAUCUUUAUUAAGUUUUAUCACGAUUAUAUACCACUUGGUGAAAUGUGGCGUAUCAAUUACGUAUCUUCUAUAAUACCAUAGUUGACAUUUUUAAUUAGACUGAUUUGUAGAAUAAGUCGAGUUAUGCAACGACUUUCCGAUUUGUAGGCAAUAAUAUUAAAAAAGACCAAAGAUACGCUUCUUUUACAAAUUAGCUUACGCAGGUUUUGGCGUUUUGAUCUCAUUCAGAAAUUUUAGAUUAAAUCAUGAAGUUAAUGCCAAAACUUAUACGAUGUUUUUUAAGGACAAACGUUAAAAAAAGUAUAUCGCGACAUACUUAUUUAAUCAACAAAAUUGAAAUUUUUAAACCAUAUUUAAAAUCACAUUGUCGAACCACGAUACAGGAUCGUCAUUUUAAGUGAAACCGCUAUUGAUUGCUGCCUCAAAAUCGACAACAGGUAUAGUUACAUUUUGGCGUUUUUUAGGUUCAUUUAAAGUAUAUUUAGAAGAGUACUAUUUGUGUUUGUUUAUUUGCAAUAUCUUUAAUAGUAAUGCAGAAGUCUACUUAGCAAAGGGGUGGAAUUAUAAAGGUUAAACGAGGUUGUCAUUCUUCCUGCAAUAAAAUUGAAAACAUCUUUAAAUUUAGUGUAUAAUACCUAUUGUAAUAGCCAUUGCCAGACUUAAUCAAACACAUCACAAAAGUUCUAAAACUCUGAUAUUCUGAAUAUUUAUGUGAGUUUUAAGAGUAAUUUUUUAAACUUUGUGAAUAUACCUUAAAAAAUGAACGUUAAAAUCUGCUACAUUUUUCUAAUUCAACUGCUCUUAUACCGUUACGAAUAGGAAAUAUUAUAUAAAUAAUAUCGCUGAAAAUAAACAGCCUGUAUAUUGGUAAUGCCAGCUCUUGAGCUAGCACAAGUGCUAUAAAUUCAUUUAACGUGACUUUAAUAAAUAUAGGUACCGUCAAACGGGGUGAAUCAGGACGACUAUUAGAUAUUCAUGUUAUAUUUUUUUUAUACAACUGCCGAACAAAGUUAAAAUUUAGCAGAAAGUGACCGUAGUCCAUACAACAGCAGAAAUAUUUAUUCGAUUAUUUUUUAAUUUCCAUGGAUUAUAAAAAAAAUAAAUAAAUAUAGGGUAUCCCGAUUGACCCCGUUUUGGCGCGAAUCGGGACACGCCGUUUUAGGCCAUGUAAAAUGCAUGUCGCCCCGCGUAUGAGGUGCAUCGGGAUCAAAAAUUUAAAAAAAAAAAAUAUUUUUUCAUAUAAUGUAUAAAAACAAAAAAUUGUUAAAUAAUUAAAUAUAAUAAAUAAAUUCAAUUUUAAAGGAAAUUUGUAUCCUAAUUCGGUUGGUUUAGGUAGUUUUUAAUUAAUUUGUUCCGGCGUAAUCAUGCAAAUAUCUUCCACUGUUGGAAAAAUAAAACAAUUUUUAUUUUUUCGGUUUGAUCUGAGAAAUUUAACUUCAAAACUUUUACCAAAGAGUCCCUUAAUUUGCCCGAUAAAAUAUUUUUCCACUUUAUUUGUCUUAAACUUAACCUCGACAAAAUCGUCAGUGGCAAUGCUAUUAUCCAUUGAAUGCUGUACAUCAAAGCACUCGUCCAGUUCCAUUGCUUCAGAUUCUGCUUUAUCUGACUCAAGUUCGAAAAUGUCGUCCUCUUGAGAGUCUUGAGGCACUGUUGUCUUGCUUAUUGACGGUUGCGCUUCUAAAAAAAUCUGUGGUAGAAAUGCUUUUGCCUGGCUCAACUGUAAUUUUCUUUUUCCUUGCUACAGUAGGCUUGCAUGCAUUCCUGCUUUCGUUAAGCUCUUCUACCACAGAUUCCGUCCAGUCAUUAGGAUCAUCUUCUUCGAGGUUUCUUUCUGGUGGCAACCUUUUCAAAACUUGAUUUCUAUCGAUGGGAAUGAUUCCCGUGCCACGAAACCCGCUUUUAAUAUUUUGUGUUAGAGUUGCUUCUAGUUUGCUUAUAGCUUGCCCCUUAGUAGGCUUGGAAAAUACUCCUUCGGCAAAGAACCCUUGUAUUGUUUUUUCCAACCUUCUAGAGUUGACCUCCAAGCCUUUUUCAUCGGGCCAAAAACGGACACGUCAAGUGGCUGUGUUAAAUGGGUUGAAUUUGGCGGCAAAAAAGAAAACCGAAUAUUAUUUUCUUCGCAUAAUUCAAUCACCCUAUGCGACAAAUGACUACACAAAUUAUCGCCAAUGACAACCCUUGAUGCCGGACGCCUCUUCAAGAAAGGUAGAGCUAUGGAAAUGAACCAGUCUUCAAACAAUGGCUGGUCGAACCAGCCACUUUUAUUUCGUCCAUACCGCGCACUUGGUGGCCCUUGGUCAACCAAGUAUCGUAUAGAUGCUCGCUUUUAUAAACAACAAAUGGGGGUAAUAGAUGGCCAUCACCACUUACUGCAAACAUCGCUGAUGUCGAUUGUUUUGUUGAAUCGAUGAUCCGUUCCGGAUGCCUUGUUUUUCUUUUUACGAUGACCUUUUUCUUUUUUUUUUUGACCUUUUUAAUUAAUGACGGACUCAGGUUCAACGUUUUGCAAGUUGGUUUGGAGAUUAUCGAAGUAUUUAUUUACUGUUUCCCGAGUCACGGCUGCACGAGACCGUUUGAUAUUCUCGCACAGUCUCUCAGUCAGAAGUUCUUUAUGUCGGACACAAAACAAAUUCGCCCAAUCAACACCGGGCAUAUUAUUUUUAAAUUUCGCCACUCUUACCCCUUUUCUAUCAAGAUAUCCCUUUACAAUGUAUCGAAUAGUAGUUUUCUCCACUGGGUAUGCCCACUCUCCCGCCAGUACUAUUAAAUGGACCAGCCUGGAUCCCUCAGCUCCUGUCAAAAUUGUUUGACCACCUUGUUUCUUUGGCUUCUGCUUUGCAUGACGCUGUAAUGUCGAUUUUGGGAUGUUAUAUAACUCCUCUGCGUCUCGAAGAGUUAUCUGGCCUCUUUUGAACUGCCUCAAAGCCUUUUCCAGUUGUUCUUGACUAUAAUUCUGAUAGACCUUAGUCCCAGGCGUUUUUUUGUAUUUCUGGACCAUUGUCCCGAUUCACCCUUGAAAGCGAGUUUUUAUGUUUAAAAAUUAAUAAUAAAAAAACUAGGCAAAAUAAUUUAACAAAAGUCCACUCAACAUCUAGAAAAUACCCACAGGUAUACUAUAAUAACAACCCAAUGCUCAAAUCUCCCAUUAAAUACCUUUUCCAAAGUUAGCAGCAGAUUGAAAAACCGUUAAAUUUCGCUCUAAUAUGUGGACACCUGUACGCACUGGAAUCUUCCAAAUAACUAACGGCCACGCGUGAAUGUCAAACAGCUGUUGUGUCUACAACAGGUUUUUUAUAUUACCCAUCCUAAAAACAUUUGCUGCAUGCAUGGAAAUCAGGUGCUUGUAAAAAAAUUUAAAACUGUCCCGAUUGACCCCCUGGUCCUGAUUCACCCCGUUUGACGGAAGGUUAUUUGCAAUCUGAGUAAUUAUGUACUCCUCAGAAUUGUAGAGUUGUAGUCAAACCUGAAAUAUUUUUAAUAUUUACCUCUAACUACGAAAAAAUGGAAUUAUGAACGUUUUUCACACUGUUUCUGUUAUUGUUGAGUGCUUACCUUUUUUAUCCAAAAACCUUUUUUGGGUAUAAUGGUGCAUCGCAUAUCUUAAAAAUAUUUAAAAAUUUCAAUUUUGUCAACAGUAUAUAGCGAUCAGUAUAUUAAUAUAAAAUCAUUUUUUGAGUUUUCGUAUCCGAAUGUAAGAAAACCCAACAGCAAUAUUUAAAAAAAGACAAAACAUUUUAAGCUUUUUCGCAUAAAAAAAUUAACAGUAUUUUCUACUUUUGUCUACAGUAUUCAUUUUUUUUUGUACUUGGUUUUUGUAAUAGUAAGGCCUAAAAACACAUUAAAUAUUAUCAACUCUUUAUUAAGUAUUAUUGACUUUACUUUAGUUGUAAAAAAUGUAUUUUUUAGAUAAGUUAUAUUUUUUUGUAAUUACAUAUUGUAAGGACUUUUAGUCAUUGUUUAGCCAUUUUAGGAUUAUUUCAUGCGUGAUUUUUUGCACUUUUAUAGUCGUUUAUAGCUUUAAAACCUUUAUUAAUAAACUAUUUAACAGCUUUAUAAAGCGUAGUAUAAAUUUAAUAAAAAUAAUCAUUAAGCGCUACUAUACAUACAAAAUUUGUGUUGCUAAUUAUAAGCUGAUAUAUUCUCCCCCAAACUGAAAAAGGAAUAUACUAUUAUAUUUUACUAACAUUGUAGUGUCAUCUAUGUAAUUUAUGUUAAAUUCAAUAUUAAAAGUUAUCUAAUUUGUGCAAUUUUUUAAAAGAAGAUGAGAGGCUAAAUUAAUUAUUUUUUCAGCACAAGUCAAAAGCUUAUCAAUAAUAUUUUAAAAACUUGCAUAAAUUAUGUAAUUAAUGACACAGUUUUUAACUACAAGAGUAAAACUAGAAAUUAGCAGGUCCAUCCAAAUAGGCUGGUAACACGACGUCAGCGACCUUUUGUAAAGCCGAUAAAGACAAUAAAGCAAAAUGUUUUGUGUUUUUCAA